UUUCUUGCUUACUGCUCCACUGUCGAUGAGGAGAGAAAGAUAAGUGGUGAAAAAGGAGAGAAAAAGAGGAAGAAAACUACUCAUUCUUCCGAAUCAGAAAGGAGGAUAGCUAUUGGAAUCUUCUGCAUAUCUCCUUUUGGGAUCGGAGCCGCCUGAUCCGCGUGGCGGCGGAGUUUUAGAGAGCGAUGCUCCGGCCGGAAAUGGUUCGACAGGGGGUGAUGGAUUUCUGGAGGUGUUGGGUGGAUCUGAAGGAGUAGAGUUGAUGGUGAGGUGGCGGAGGAGAAUGGAAGAGGGGGUAGUGGUGGGGUGGAUUUUAUGGCUGGUCUUGCUGGUCAACUUUGUGCUUGGUGUUUUGGCCAACCUGGAAGGUGAUGCAUUGCACAGUUUACAAACAAACUUGAAUGAUCCUAAUAACGUUCUUCAAAGUUGGGAUCCCACACUGGUUAAUCCGUGCACAUGGUUUCAUGUUACAUGCAACAGUGAUAACAGCGUAAUUAGAGUUGAUCUCGGGAACGCAGCCUUGUCUGGAACGCUAGUGUCCCAACUUGGUCAGCUUAAAAAUUUGCAAUACCUGGAACUUUAUAGUAACAAUAUUAGUGGAUCAAUCCCUCCAGAACUCGGAAAUUUGACCAACUUGGUGAGCUUGGAUUUGUACCUGAAUAAUUUUACUGGUGGAAUACCUGAUUCGUUGGGAAAUCUGUCAAAACUGCGCUUCCUUCGGCUCAACAACAAUAGCUUGACGGGUACCAUUCCUACGUCUUUAACCAACAUCAAUGCUCUCCAAGUUUUGGAUCUUUCUAACAACAAUCUAUCCGGACCAGUUCCAUCGACGGGUUCCUUUUCUUUGUUUACUCCUAUCAGUUUUGCAAACAAUCCUUUAUUAUGUGGUCCGGGAACAUCUCAUCCUUGUCCUGGUUCUCCUCCAUUCUCCCCACCACGUCCGUUUAAUCCACCAGUUACAAUCUUGUCACCAGGAAAUGGUGCCUCCAGCACUGGUGCUAUUGCUGGAGGAGUUGCUGCAGGUGCUGCUUUGCUUUUUGCUGCUCCAGCUAUUGCUUUUGCUUGGUGGCGACGUCGGAAACCACAAGACCGUUUCUUUGAUGUUCCUGCUGAAGAAGAUCCAGAAGUUCAUUUGGGUCAGCUUAAAAGAUUUUCCCUUCGGGAACUCCAAGUUGCAACGGAUAGCUUUAGCCCCAAGAAUAUUCUAGGCAGAGGUGGCUUUGGAAAGGUAUACAAAGGGAGGCUUGCAGAUGGUACACUAGUUGCAGUAAAGAGAUUGAAGGAAGAGCGCACACCAGGGGGUGAACUCCAGUUCCAGACUGAAGUUGAGAUGAUCAGUAUGGCUGUACAUCGAAAUCUGCUUCGGCUUCGUGGGUUUUGCAUGACCCCUACUGAAAGAUUGCUUGUCUACCCAUACAUGGCUAAUGGAAGCGUGGCAUCAUGCUUAAGAGAGCGGCAACCAAAUGAACCUCCCCUAGUUUGGCAUACCAGAAAACAAAUUGCAUUGGGAUCUGCAAGGGGACUGUCUUACCUGCAUGAUCAUUGUGAUCCGAAGAUCAUUCAUCGUGAUGUGAAAGCUGCAAAUAUCUUACUGGAUGAAGAGUUUGAGGCAGUUGUUGGUGAUUUUGGUUUGGCCAAGCUUAUGGAUUACAAGGACACUCAUGUGACUACUGCAGUUCGAGGAACAAUUGGACAUAUUGCGCCGGAGUAUUUAUCCACCGGAAAGUCUUCAGAGAAAACCGAUGUUUUUGGCUAUGGAAUCAUGCUUCUAGAGCUCAUCACUGGACAAAGGGCAUUUGAUCUUGCUAGGCUUGCAAAUGAUGAUGAUGUCAUGCUGCUGGACUGGGUGAAAGGAUUGCUGAAAGAGAAGAGAUUGGAAAUGCUGGUUGAUCCUGAUCUACAAAACAACUAUGUGGAGGCCGAGGUAGAGUCUCUAAUCCAGGUGGCCCUACUGUGCACGCAGGGCUCCCCGAUGGACCGACCGAAGAUGUCAGAGGUGGUCAGGAUGCUCGAAGGGGACGGUCUAGUAGAGAGGUGGGAGGAGUGGCAGAAAGUGGAAGUCUUUCGUCAGGAGGUGGAGUUGGCACCCCAUCGCAAUUCCGAUUGGAUUGUGGACUCGACCGAUAAUCUACAUGCUGUCGAAUUGUCAGGUCCAAGGUGAAAUCAAUGGGCGACGAUAAGGAACUCAUUUAUAAAUCAUCUUCCCAACAUUGUUUCAAUGCCACCCAUGAGCUAAAGGUAAGGGUAUCUUUAGAUCUUCUACAGCUAGUUGUUGAUAAUGAUUUGUAAUGUUUUUAAUUUUGAUUUUUUAAUUUCUUUUUAAAUUUAUCAAGCCAAGUUUCCAUUAAUGUUUCUCUUGCUAAGCUAAUUGCUUUACUGGCAAGUGAUUUAAUUGUCUUGUGGUAUGAUGCGAUCGACAGCACUGCCUGUAUUAACUCGUCCAAUUGUAGUUAAUUUUUUUGUUACGGCUAACAACUAUUUUUUUGUUUCUUGGUUGUUUCUGGCCA